AUGCCUUCAGUGACAUACGGAACUUCUCGCAUCGCAUUCUACGAAGAAAUGAAGCAGACAGCAAAGUCAUCGAACCAGCCCCUGACGACUCCAAUUCUCGGCACGAUGGCCGCGGUCUCGGGUUUCCUAGGGGCUAUCUUCGGCACCCCAUCAGACAUCGCAAACGUGCGAAUGCAGAAUGAUCGCUCACUGCCACCCCAACAGCGUCGCAAUUAUCAAAAUGUGCUAGAUGCAUGGGUGCAGAUGAAGCGUAACGAAGGCUGGAGAUCAUUCCGACAGGGCUUAUGGCCCAACUGCUUUCGUUCCGGAAUCAUGACAGCCAGCCAGCUGGCCUCUUAUGACUCGUUCAAAAGAUUGCUCACGCAAUUGAGUGGAAAAAGUGACGAUAAUCCGUUGACACAUUUCUCCGCCUCAUUACUGGCGAGUUUAGUCGCUACGUCGAUUUCAAGCCCGAUGGAUGUCAUCCGGACUCAGUUGAUGAGCUCUUCCAGCAAUGCUUCGGUAUAUCAGGCUGUGCGAGACUUGAUUCGCUCUGAGGGACAUCGGUGGCUGUUCCGUGGCUGGACACCGAGCUUUGUACGAUUGGCUCCUCAGACGAUUGCUACGCUGGUGCUUCUGGAGCAGCAUAAGAGGAUUUAUCGCGCUUUGAAAGUAGAGGAGGCUUGA